CCUGGCGCCCUGUCAGAAAGUUGACAGAUGAUCUGCAUUACCGGUGCGUCCCCGGGAUGCCCGGGAUAAUCGCGCUCCAAUGGACGCCCUGGAGCCGGCAGGUUCUCUGUGAAAUGGCUGCAGUGGAGGGAGCAGUGAAAUGGGCUCUUCUGGGCAUGCUCACUCUGUAGAGGGAGCUUUAUCACAUGAGCAGAAACUGAAUCACUGCUCAUGAGGAUCUGGAAUAUGCAACUCUUGGAGUCUUCACCAGAAGAAGACAACAGCUGCCCGCAGCGAGCAGUGCUGAGUAAAGGAGAGCCAAGGAAAGACGGCUGCAUGAAGACUGAGCUGCUGAAAGACAUCACCAACAACAAAGAGGAAGGGUUUAAUGCCAUGGCUGCAGAUGAAAGCGCUACAGAAAAGCAAGUGGGGGAACCAAAAAUGGCAGUAGAUGGUGAAACCAACGGUUCCUGUGAGCACAGCGAGGGUGGGGCCCACCCAAACCCAGCGAAAAACACUCAGGACAGCACAAAAGUGAGCCAGCAGGACUCUACUACUAAAUUAAAUAGGAUAGCAGAAAAUGGCAUUUCGGACAGCGAGCCUGGGAAGCAAAACCAUCUGAAAGCAAAUGACUUCACACAGACUUCUGUCACAGGGAGCAAUGGAUAUAUCCUAACCAAGCAGAUGGCACAGGAGCAGCCUCUAAGGACUACCAGCUUUGCUUCUCUCGCUGGCCAUGCUGCAAAAACCCUGCCAGGAGGAGCAGGCAAAGGCAGGACUGUGGGGUCCUUUGCCCAGCUCCAAGCCACCAUGCCAAGCAAGCUCGGGGAGGGCAGUAAGGACACGGAUGCUAAAAAAGCCCCUGCUGCUAACGCUGAAGUCAAGGUCCACCGAGCACGGAAGACAAUGCCUAAGCCCACCCCCAGCCUGGAGUUGCUUCCUGAAUUGGGAUCGAAGCUGAAUCUGAAACAGCAUGUAAGUAAAGACCCCAAAGAUGGGAGAGACAGCAGAGAUCAGAAGGAAUCCAAGGAGAAGGAGUUUGAGAACAUGCUGGACUUUGUGAAGCCCUUGUCGUUGCCCUCUCUCCCGGGCCUUCACCAGUCACUACCUCAGAACCAGAGCUAUGUGGCCACCACCAAGUCGCAGACAGCUGCUGCAGUAUCUCGGAAGAAAAAACGGAGAAUGGGAACCUAUAGCCUGGUUCCCAAGAAAAAGACCAAAGUGUUAAAACAGAGAACAAUGAUAGAGAUGUUUAAGAGCAUAACUCAUUCCUCUGUGGGUGCCAAGAGUGACAAGGACCUGGGGGAUAGCAGCCCCCACGUGAACGGUGAAAGCAUAGAUGUGGACUCUGAGGAGGAGGACUCGGAUGAGUUGGAAGAGGAAGAUGAUCAUGGAGCAGAUCAGGCAGCCAUGUUCCCCGUGGAUGACAACAGGACCUCCAAGGACAGCGCGUCGGACGCAGACAACGCCAGGAAGAUCGAUGAUGGCGAGUCUGAGGAAGAGCAAGAGUCAGUAGAAUCAGGGGAGGAGGAGGAGGAUGGAGACGAGUCUGACUUGAGCUCCGAGUCCAGUGUCAAGAAGAAGCUGCUGAAGAGGAAAGGGAAGACGGACAGUCCAUGGCUGAAACCCACCCGCAAGAGGAGGCGGAGGAAUAAAAAGAAACAAGGCGGUGUGCUAGGUGCUGAAGCCUACAAACCCUCGCUGGGCAGCAGGGAGGGCCCCAGCCAGGAGAACAGCAUGGAGUACAUGGAGGUGUCCCUGGAUUCCCUGGACCUCCGGGUGAAGGGCAUCCUCUCCUCGCCAGCGGGAGGUCUCUCCAAUGGCCCUGAAGCAAUGGAAGUGGAUGGUCUGCAGGAAGUGCCCCUGUGUAGCUGUCGAAUGGAAACCCCCAAAAGCAGAGAGAUCACCACGUUAGCCAACAACCAGUGCAUGGCCACGGAGAGCGUGGAUAACGAGCUGGGCCGAUGCACAAACAGUGUGGUUAAGUAUGAACUGAUGCGCCCGUCUAACAAAGUCCAGCUUUUGGUGCUGUGUGAGGACCAUAGAGGGAGGAUGGUGAAACACCAGUGUUGCCCUGGCUGUGGAUACUUUUGCACUGCAGGCACUUUCAUGGAGUGUCAGCCCGAGAGCAGCAUCUCCCACCGCUUCCACAAGAGCUGUGCCUCGCAGGUGAACGACACCAGCUACUGCCCUCACUGCGGGGAGGAGGCCUCCAAGGCCAAGGAGGUGACAAUAGCCAAGGCUGACACCACCUCCACGGUGUCCCUGAGCUACGAGCAGCAGAAACCCGGCGCUGUGGAGGGCAGGGCCGACACCACCACGGGGAGUGGCACUGGGACGAGGUUGUCAGAGGAAGACAAGCCAGAAAGUUCAGCUGCUGAAGGGUUUGACAUCCCUGGGUCUUCAGUUUUUCCAAAGCCUACUACUAGCUUGACCCAGGGACCAGUGAAAGAAACCUUGGAAAGUGCCCUGAUUGCCCUGGACUCUGAAAAGCCCAAGAAGCUGCGGUUCCACCCGAAGCAGCUGUACUUCUCAGCCAGGCAAGGGGAGCUGCAGAAGGUGCUGCUGAUGUUGGUGGAUGGAAUUGACCCUAAUUUUAAAAUGGAGCAUCAGAGUAAGAGAACCCCUCUCCAUGCUGCAGCCGAGUCUGGCCACGUGGACAUCUGCCACAUGCUCAUUCAGGCUGGUGCUAACAUUGACACCUGCUCUGAGGACCAGAGGACCCCGCUGAUGGAAGCAGCAGAAAACAACCACCUGGAAACUGUGAAAUACCUGAUCAAGGCUGGAGCACUAGUAGAUCCCAAGGAUGCUGAGGGCUCCACGUGUCUGCACUUGGCAGCCAAGAAGGGGCACUACGACGUGGUGCAGUACCUGCUCUCCAACGGGAAGAUGGAUGUCAACUGCCAGGAUGACGGUGGCUGGACGCCGAUGAUCUGGGCCACGGAGUACAAACACAUCGAGCUGGUGAAGCUGCUGCUGGCCAAGGGCUCGGACAUCAACAUCCGUGACAACGAGGAAAACAUUUGUUUGCACUGGGCUGCUUUUUCUGGCUGUGUUGACAUAGCUGAGAUCCUGCUGGCAGCAAAGUGUGACCUGCACGCCGUGAACAUCCACGGGGACUCGCCCCUGCACAUCGCGGCACGAGAGAACCGCUACGAGUGUGUGGUUCUCUUUCUUUCCCGUGGCUCGGAUGUCACUUUAAAGAACAAGGAGGGUGAGACCCCGCUCCAGUGCUCCAGCCUUAACUCUCAGGUCUGGGUGGCCCUACAGAUGAACAAGACUCUCAAAGAAUCAUCUUCUGAGAAGCCUGCCCAGAUAGAGAAGGUGGUGAGCAGAGACAUUGCCCGGGGUUACGAGAGGAUCCCCAUUCCCUGUGUCAAUUCCGUGGACAGUGAGCCCUGUCCCAGCAAUUACAAAUACGUGUCACAGAACUGUGUCACCUCCCCGAUGGACAUUGACAGGAACAUCACUCAUUUACAGUAUUGUGUCUGUAUAGACGACUGCUCCUCCAGUAACUGCAUGUGUGGCCAGCUCAGCAUGCGCUGCUGGUACGACAAGGAUGGCCGACUCCUGCCUGAGUUCAACAUGGCUGAGCCCCCCCUGAUCUUCGAGUGCAACCACGCGUGCUCGUGCUGGAGAACCUGCAGGAACCGCGUGGUGCAGAACGGCCUCAGGACUCGGUUGCAGCUUUACAGGACACAAAAGAUGGGCUGGGGAGUGCGGACGAUGCAGGACAUUCCUCUGGGAACCUUCGUCUGCGAGUACGUUGGGGAGCUGAUCUCCGACUCCGAGGCCGAUGUCCGGGAGGAGGACUCCUACCUCUUCGACCUGGACAACAAGGAUGGAGAGGUUUACUGCAUCGAUGCCCGCUUCUACGGCAACAUCAGCCGCUUCAUCAACCACCUGUGCGAGCCCAACCUCAUCCCCGUGCGCGUCUUCAUGUCCCACCAGGACCUGCGCUUCCCCCGCAUCGCCUUCUUCAGCACCAGGCACAUAGAGGCUGGAGAGGAGAUCGGCUUCGACUACGGGGACAGGUUCUGGGACAUCAAAGGCAAAUUCUUCAGCUGUCAGUGCGGUUCACCCAAGUGCAAACACUCGAGCUCGGCGCUGGCCCAGCGGCAGGCGGGCACCUCUGCCCAGGACACGCAGGAGAACGGGCUCCCCGACACCAGCUCCGCUGCCGCCGCCGGCCCCUUCUGACCCUGACCCC